AUGCUAUUUCACAGUUUGUUUAGGUUAAGUUCCCGGUUUUUCUGUAUAUCUCGGAUUGUCCGUUCAAAUACUUCAAGGUCAAUCGUCGCUGCUAUGACACAUCGCGAGUCAAUACGGCCUGUCGUCACGUCAGAUAUAUGUUCUCAGGACUUCGAUUCUGUUGUACUUGUAGUCGAAGACGUGUCAGAUGCAUUCUCGUUUACGCCUCUGUUCGAAACGUUACAAGAAGCAUCACAGGUGAACAAGAAAUUCUCUUCAGAUGUCCACACCUUGACUUGUCGUUCUUUACCAUCUAAACGUUUGGUCGUUUCGUUUACUGGUCACCUUGAUCAAGACAUUGAUGAUGCUCGUCGAAUAACUGAAGCAUCGACGAAAGGUAUAUCUCAAGCUAUCAAAAUCGGAUCUAAAAGACCUCUCCUUCUGUUGAGUCCAUUGAAAACGGCUAAAAAGUUGGGACACUCUUGGCUUGAACCAUCCGUUUCUUGUUUGGCGUCUUUGCUCGGUGCCCUCCAUGCUUUGUAUGUGCCCCUCGAAUCACAAAAAGCUGAAGUCCUGGGUUGGUUUUCUGGGACACAUUACGCAGUAGAUCACGAGAAACUUACUGGAUUGGCGUGGUGUUUGGAAGAGGGUCUACGAGUAGCACGUGAUAUAGGUGGAUCUGACCCAGAACGUAUGAGUGCAAAGAAUAUAGUGACGUACCUUCAAAAAGAAUUGACAGAACCUGUUCAGAUGACUGAUUGUCCUGUUGAUCGAGGGCUUUACCCUCUGGCAGCUAUAGUAGAUCGUGGAAAUAAUGAAAGACAUCGUGGUCACGUUGUACACUUAGAAUACAAUGGAUCUACGGAAUCACAAAUUGAUCCUCAGCAAUUAGUCAAUUUGUUUUUAGUUGGUAAAGGUGUUACCUAUGAUACAGGUGGCUCAGAUCUUAAAGUUGGAGGUAUUAUGGCUACAAUGCAUCGGGAUAAAUGUGGUGCAGCUGCUGUGGCCGGAUUUUUCAAAAUUUUAAACUUAUUGAAACCGAAAAACUUAAAGGUGCAUGGUACUUUAGGUUUAGUUCGUAACAGUAUUGGUGAAAAUGCUUAUGUAAGUGAUGAAAUAGUAACUUCACGUGCUGGAGUACGGGUUCGCGUGAACAAUACUGAUGCUGAAGGUCGAAUGGUUAUGACUGAUUUAUUAUGUGAAGCUAAGGAGAAGGCAUUAAAAGUAUCAAAUCCACGACUACUGACAAUCGCUACUUUGACUGGUCAUGUUGGGUUGUGCUAUGGACUAGGAUAUACGGGUAUCGUUUGUAAUGGUCCGGCUAAAGAACUUGGAGAAGAUUAUGACUAUCAGUUUGCUGGAUCAUUGUUAGGGGAAAUGCAUGAAAUAUCAACACUCCGACGUGAAGAUUAUGAUGCGCAUAAAACUGAUGAAGAAUAUUCUGAUUUAUUGAAUUCUGCUCGUCUGAUUGGUGGGAAACGUAGCAGAGGGCAUCAGUCUCCAGUCGCAUUUAUGAUUAUUGCAUCUGGUUUGGACUCCCAUUUGAAAAAUACUGAAAAGCCUUUGGCGUAUACACAUAUGGAUAUCGCUUCAAGCAAUGGUCCUUGUCCUGGCAUUCCAACUGGUACGCCUAUUUUAACACUAGCAUCGCGUUACAUUCUUCCAGAACAGAUGAAAUGGCCUAAUAGAAAGGUGUAAAAAUGAACAAAUUGUCAACAUUUUUAUUAAGUUAAAUGUUGAUAUGAACGAUUUUCAAGAUAGUAGGAACUUGUUGUCAAGUCGGGUAAUAGUUUUGAUUCACAGCUGAUGUAACAAUGUACUCUAUAAUAAUUGUUACUUAUAGCCUUUUUAAAUUUUGGUACUCAUGUAUUACAUCGUUUAAACCUUUAAUCAAACUAUCUUAAAUGGA